CCAAACCUUUGCUGUGUGGAUAUAGACAGCACCAAAGCAAAGUUGGAGGAUGUGGAACAGAAGCUUACUUCUCUAUCGGAUGAGGUCGGGGUUUUGAAUCAGAGACUGGACCAUCAGCUUCCUGGCUUAUCUUCAGGCAGCUCUCCAUGGAAUGAUCAGUUCCACAAACGAUUCCAACACAUUGAACGAAGACUGAACCAAACUGAGAAAAAUCUUGAAAAACGCAUCAUGUCCCAUCUGAAAAAUCUGAGGCAUGAAUUUGGCGGUAGAAUCUAUGGGAAUGAGGAGCGAGUUAACGCAAUAGUGUCUGUUGUGGGCAAUGGUACAGUUUUUGAUGAUUGGGUGAGAGACACAGUCACUGGUUUAGGUGAAGACAUUGCAAAGUUAAAGAAUAUUGUAGGAGCAGAUGGAGAAAACCUGGUGACAGUGACGUCAAAUGUGCAUGACCUGGAAUCCAAGCUGCAAAUAGCUGUCAAUGGCUGUGCACAGAUCUGUAGCCCUCCCCAAGUCACGGUCACAGAUGAUGACCAAAAUCCCUCUGAGAUGCUGGAUAUUUUAACCAAACUUCAGACCAAUAUUAUGAAGAAUGAGGCUAAUAUUCAAAACAUUGGGUCAAACAUUCAUAAUCUUACUAUAGGAGGUAAUUCAUUCAAGAACAUGCUUCAUCAGUUCGGGCAGGAUAUUGAUCAAAUAAAGAGAAAGAUGUAUUCGAAUGUGGAACAAAUGGACUUCAUUAGCUCCAGUGUCCGGGACUUGGACAGCAAGAUCCAAAGUGCGAUUGAAACCAGUGUUACAGAAUGCAAUACCAUGAAAGAUGAAAUCCUUCUGCAACAGAAUGAAAUUAACAUGCGAGUUAAUGAAUUGACCGAGGAAUUGGAGAAACUGAAGGAGAAAGCUGGCCGUUCAGAGUAUAACUGCAGCUCAAUGUGCUCAACAUUUCAGAAAGAAUUAAACCGAUUAAAAGAGGAGCUCAGGCACCCUGCCAACAAUUAUAAAGACCUGCUGUUUAAAAUGGAAACCUUCAACAAGACUCUCGAUAGGUUUGGAAUGUUUGGUGGCAAUUUGGGUGUUGACCUUGGCUCGAUGCAGGGAGAACUGAAAGAUGUCAUUGUGACCUUCAAUUCCAUCAAUAGCACCUUGAAGAGCCUCCGGGAUUUUGUUCACCAGCAGAGCCAUAACACAAAUAUGUUGAACACAACUUUCUCUGAAAGUACAGACAGACUGAUUACAGAUAUCAGCAGGAUUCAGGAAGAGCUAACUGAUCACAUUGAAGACAGUAACAAUAAGUUCAUAAAUUUUCAGAAUGAGUUGGGCAAGUUGAAUGGCCACAUGGUGGUGGAAAUUGCAGAAUGCAGGGAAUCCAGUGAAGGACUUGACCAUCGAAUAUCCAAACUGGAGAACAUCUGUGUCAAAUUGGAUUCUGUGUCACAGAGUCUGGAAAAAAUCAAAGAGGGCUUAAACAGACAUGUCUCCAGCCUGUGGAACUGUCAAAGAGAAUUGAAUACAACACUGCAGACCCACUCUGGGACGUUGCGAAAUAUCCAGGACACUCAGCUGGGAAUCCUGAAUCAAAAAAUCAGAAUGCUGAACCAGUCCAUGGCUGAAAUACACACGACAGUACACAAUUUCACAAUUCAGGAUUUCAUUGGUGAGUAGCACUCAAUAAUUAAACAACAGUUUACUCAGCUAC